CGACCGCUUCUCCUGCCCAGCCAAGCGCGUCUCCGCUGCAAAACUCCACCUAACAACACUGCAAUGCAAUCUCCUCCUCCAGGCGAGAAAGGGAGCCAGUAAGUAGCCAGCCACCAUCAGCGCCCCCACUCCAAUAAUGCAAUCGGAGCGCCACCCCCUUCCCCUUUUGCUUCCAAGGCCACUGACGCUCUGGCCCUCCUUUGCAGCCUCCGGUCUCUGCCAAGCCAGGUGUUCGCGCGGAACUCUGAGAGCAGCUGGACGAAAGCCGGGGCGGCGAGUCCGUCUCUCCUCCGCCGCCUAGCUUGCGCCUAUGCCCGCCGCCGCCGCCGCCGCCGCUUGCAGCCGCCUCUGCAUUCAGAUAGGAUGAUCUCCCGCGCCCUCCCACAAGCCACGAGGCUGCAACUCCCUCCAGCGAGCGGAUGACUUUUCUUUUUCCCCGUUCCAAGCUCUGCCUGUUCUCUCCCCUUCUCGCGCGCCAGGCGUAGGUCUCGAGCAAGGCUCUUGGUCCACUCCGACGACUGCGGGGUUGCCUUACGGUGGGGCGGAGAUGAGCUUGUUCAAUGCACUCCCCAGAUGUAUUAGCAGCCCACAGCAGCCUGGCUGGCAGGCGAGGCUUGCCUGAGUGGCUGACUGGCGCGAUUCCCUGGCACUCUCAGCUCUGCAUCUGGCUGAGCGACGCGUUCACGUGUGCACCGCCAGCCCAAUGUGUAAUGCUGCAGUGGGCAACCGAGGAGCAUCUGCAAAAGGACAGGGGGACCCAGCAACUGCUCUUGGAGCCCAUAUAAAACCAGGAAGCGCCUUGAAUCAGACUGCCCUCUUUCUCUCCCGGGCUAUUUUUGCCCUUCUCAAUUAUUCCAAAGCUCACUUUGGCAUUUGCCACCGUUCCCACUUGCUCUUCAGAACUACACUCCCUUCUUCCCUUCCCCGUUUUCACGUGUAUUUUAUCUUUGCCUGGCAACCACUAGUUUAUUCUCCCCUUCCUCUCUUGAAAGGCGCCGUCUUCCCUCUGACCCGAAAUUAAUUUGUUUGUUGAUUGCAGCACUGAGGCAGAAAAAAAAAAAAAGGAAUUCAUUUAAUCCUUCCCUUCUCCUUGUGCAAAGGAAGCAAUGAAAUUUCCAAUCGAGACUCCAAGAAAACAGGUGAACUGGGAUCCUCAAGUGAUUGUGCCGGCAGCUGUUCCCCCAGGCUGUGUGCCUGAGAUCAAUAAGGCUAAUAUACCCCAGCCAGCACGACGACUCUCGAUUUCCUCUCCUCGGACAACUGUGAUUGCCAGUAUGGAAACCCCCUCACAGGGUUUGCAGACAGUCAUGAAGUGGAAAACAGUGGUAGCCAUCUUCUUUGUGGUGGUGGCCUACCUGGUCACAGGGGGUCUUGUGUUUCGUGCUUUGGAACAGCCAGAAGAAAGCAGUCAGAAAACCAGAAUAGCCAAUGAUAAAGCAGAAUUCCUCCAGGAGAACAACUGUGUAUCCCAGCAGGAGUUGGAGGCACUGAUUAAGCGGGUUAUUAAUGCUACCAAUGCAGGCGUCAACCCUGUUGGAGAUUCUUCUAAUAGCAGCAGCCACUGGGACCUUGGAAGUGCCUUUUUCUUCGCAGGAACCGUCAUUACCACUAUAGGUUAUGGAAAUAUUGCCCCAAGCACAGAAGGUGGAAAAAUUUUCUGUAUUUUGUAUGCCAUCUUUGGGAUCCCACUUUUUGGCUUUCUGCUAGCUGGAAUAGGUGACCAGCUUGGAACCAUCUUUGGGAAGGGCAUUGCACGAGUCGAAAAGGUCUUUCGAAAGAAACAAGUGAGUCAGACAAAGAUUCGGGUGAUCUCUACCAUUCUUUUCAUCCUGGCUGGAUGCAUUGUUUUUGUCACCAUUCCAGCUGUCAGUUUCAAAUAUAUUGAAGAAUGGUCAGCCCUGGACUCUUUUUAUUUUGUUGUUGUCACUCUGACCACAGUUGGCUUUGGGGAUUUCGUGGCAGGAAAUGCAGAAAUCCCUUACCGGGAGUGGUAUAAACCCUUGGUAUGGUUCUGGAUCCUUGUGGGCCUUGCAUAUUUUGCUGCUGUCCUCAGUAUGAUUGGAGAUUGGCUGCGGGUUCUUUCAAAGAAGACUAAAGAGGAGGUUGGUGAAAUAAAAGCCCAUGCGGCGGAGUGGAAAGCCAACGUGACUGCAGAGUUCAGGGAAACACGGCGGCGGCUGAGUGUGGAGAUCCAUGACAAACUUCAGAGGGCAGCCACCAUUCGGAGCAUGGAGCGCAGGCGUCUAGGCCUGGACCAGAGAGCCCACUCCCUGGAUAUGCUCUCUCCAGAGAAACGCUGUGUCUUUGCUGCCUUGGGCAACAGCCAUUUCAAGGCUUCUUCUCAGGAAAGCAUCAACAACAAGCCUAACAACCUGCGCCUUAAAGGGUCAGAGCAAUUGAGCAAACAUGGGCAGGGGGCUUCUGAGGACAACAUCAUCAACAAGUUUGGUUCUUCAUCCAAGCUGACCAAAAGGAAAAACAAAGACCUGAAAAAAAGUAUCCCGGAAGAUGUGCGAAAAAUAUAUGAGACCUUGCGGCACUACUCCUUGGAUGAGGAGGAGAAGAAGGAGGAGGAGGAGGAGGAGGAGGAGGAGGACUUGGAGAAGGUGUGUCACUCGGCGCAUUCUAGUACUGCCAUUCUUACCAACUGUAUUGAACAACACAUGGACCUGGAGAAUGGCAUGCUCCCCACUGAAACCAAAGAAAGGGAACAUGAAAAUAAAUCAUUACUUGAAGACAGAAAUUAAAUGUA